AUGGAGUUGAUGGGGAUAAAGGGGGUUAUGGGGGUGAUGGGGAUGAUGGAGAUAAUGGAGAUGAUGGGGGUGAUGGGGAUGAAGGGGAUGAUGGGGAUGAUGGAGAUAAUGGAGAUAAUGGGGGUGAUGGGGGUGAAGGGGCUGAUGGAGAUGAUGGAGAUGAUGGGGGUGAUGGGGAUGAAGAGGGUGAUGGAGAUGAUGGGGAUGAUUGAGGUGAUGGGGGUGAAGGGGGUGAUGGAGAUGAUGGAGAUGAUGGAGAUGAUGGAGAUGAUAGGGAUGAUUGGGAUGAUGGUGCUCAUGGAGAUGAUGGAGAUGAUGGGGAUGAUGGGGGUGAUGGCGAUGAAGGGGUUGAAGGAGAUGAUGGGUGUGAUGGGGAUGAUGGAGAUGAUAGGGAUGAUGGGGAUGAUGGAUAUAAUGGGGGUGAUGGGAAAGAUAGGGAUGAUAGGGUUGAUGGUGAUAAAGAGGGUUAUGGGGGUGAUGUGGAUGAUGGGGAUGAUGGGGAUGAUGGAGAUGAUGGAGAUGAUGGGGGUGAUUGGGAUGAUGGGUGAUGAGGAUGAUGGAGGAUGA